UGGUUGGGCUGGAUUUUGUUUAAUUGUUGCAGUUAUGUUUGUUUAGAGUGCAGCCUUUGAAUUUAGAUGAUGACCAUAAGAUGCUUUAUUAUCAAGGUGACAUCUCUGUCAGUUAUAAUUGAAGACUUUCAUUGUUUUUAUCUUUGUCAUGGAUGAUCUGAAAGAGAAGUUCAAGACACUGAUGAACAAGCCGUCGGUGCUGCCGGCCGUGGUCUCCAGUACCAGCGAUGUCAGCUCGGCGGAGGCGGUGGAGCGGCGCGUCUGCGUCUCGAACGACGUCAGCGAGCCAGAGGCCGAGCAGGCCGUGCUGGACAGCAUCCAGGGCUCGUUCUUCCAGACGGUGGACUCGUCCGAGGUUUGCCGCGAGCAGCUCCAGCGGUUCCCUCCGACGAUGGACGUGAACCUGGUGAACGGCCAGCGUCAGAUCCUGCGCCGGCAGCUGACGGUGGUGUCCAAGAAGGUGUCCGACAUGAUCCUGCACUGCCAGCCGGAGCACAGCCAGGAACUCGAGAGGGUGAUGCUGCUGCAGGAGGAGCUGCUGCAGACGCUGGCCGUCUGCCAGACCGCCCGACAGUCCGUGCGGCAGGCGCAGGCCCACUUCACCGCCGGCGGACUGGGCGUGCUGGCCAACUACCGGCACCGGCAGGCGCUGCGCACCGUGCUCCGGCCACUGCACACCAUCCGAACACUGCAAAUGACUGAGGCGCGUCUGGAGGAGCUGCUCCGGGCCGAGGACUACCCGGGCUGCAUCCACGUGCUUCAGGAGUGCCUGAAGGUGGCCGCCGCCUACCGGCAGUUCAGCUGCGUCAGCGACAUGACCAACAAGCUGCAGGACACGCUCGACAUGGUCGAGGAGCAACUCGACGUCGGUCUCGGCAAGUUGUGCACCCGGUUCGACCCGGAGCGCUACAGCCGGCUGCAGGAGGCCUACCGGCUGCUGGGCAAGACGCAGACGGCCGCCGACCAGCUGCUGAUGCACAUGACCUCUGCCGUGCACACUGCCAGCGGUCAGCAGGUGCUGGCGUACGUACAGAGCGCUGACGGCGCGCAGCAGCCCGUGCAGAAGCGACAGUACCCCGACCUGUGCGCGCUGGUCCCGGCCGAGAGCGUGCUGCCCUGCCUGAGGGACCUGUGCCGCGUUCUGUGGAACAUCAUCUACAACUACCACUGCAUCUUCCAAUGGCACCGGAGCCGCGCGGAGGCCGAGGCUGUGCAGGCAGAGACGGAAUCUGCCGAGCUGUCGCUGAACCGCCGUUACGUGGCUCAGAAGCUGGAGCACGGCCGGUCGCGCAUCUGGCUGGACGUCCAGGGCCGGGUACGCGCCUAUCUACUGGCAGCCGAGCUGUCGCACUUCAACUUCGACGACUUCAUCCAGAUCCUGGACGUGGUGCACAGGCUGCUGGAGAUCGGCGCGGAGCUGAGCGGCCAGGAGGGCGGGCCGCUGGAGGAGGCCGUCAAAAAACAGUGCGUCGCCUUCAUUCACGUGUACCACCGCGCGCGGCUGGAGGAGCUGCGGAUGUUCCUCGAGAACGAAGCCUGGGAAGUGUGUCCCGUGAAGCCGACUUUCUCUGUGCAUAAUCUGCAGGAGUUUAAGCACCUGCGUCGGCAGCACCUACUGCAGAGUGACGUUGAGCCGGAGCCGCGGGUCCUCUUCCUGAAGACGUAUGACGCCGAGCGUAACCCGUUCGACGUGUACCGAGACGCCAAGGUGGACGGAGACCUGCCCAGCACUGAGAUGACUGACUCUGACUCUGACGACGAGUCGGAGGAGCUCAAGGUGCAGCAGGUGGAAGAGGCCCCUGGAGACGGCCCCCACCGACAGAGCACAGCUGUCAGCUCGCCGCGCCGGAUGCCCACGGCCGCGGCCCUGGCGCCGCCCGUCAGCUCCACUGCGCUCCACGUCCUCCGGCUCUGCGGGCGGUACCUGCGCAUGAUGGCGCUACUGCGCACCGUGGCGCUUGACGUGGUGGUGUGCCUCAGCCAGCUGUUCGACUUCUACCUGUACACCGUGUACUCGCUGUUCGCGCCGCCGGACGAUGUGGGCAGCUCGCCGCGCCUCGUGUCGGCGCUGCAGAGGAUCUCCGAUCAGCUGAUCGAGAGGAGCUCUGCUCAGUCGGCGGCGGGUGCCGACCCGUCCCGGGCGACGGGCGGCUCCCCGGCUCCUCUGGCCGGCCCAUCCACCCAGUGGAGCUCCGUCCGCGUGCCGCCGGCCUCCCUGAACACCGCCGUGGAGCUGCACCGGCCCGAGCGGCUGCACGGCCUCGCCGCGAGACUGGUGGCCGCCGAGUCGGUGGUCUUCAUCGCAGAUCAGCUGGAGCUAAUUCGGCGUCACGUGGAGGGGAACAUACCGCAGAGCAAGCGGCUGUACGUGCAGCAGUUCUACGGCCAGACGGUGGCGGCGGCGGCCGACGUGCGCGGUCCGGUCUACUUUCCGGUGACGUCACGGGUGAUGGACUCUGACGUCAUACUGAUGCGGAUGGCCAACGUCAACUGGGAGGUGAAGGAGCUGUGCAGCCAGCACAGCGCCUACGUCGACCUCAUGCUCAGGGAUCUGCAGGUAUUUAGUAUGCGUCUGGAGGAGCUGGGCCGGAGGCUGCCCGUGCCGCGCCCCGUCUAUGACACACUCUGGAACCAGUGCGUCCGUGUCGCCAACCGCGCCUUCGUCGAGGGGUUCGCCUCUGCUCGCCGCUGCAGUAACGAGGGCCGCGCGCUGAUGCAGCUCGACUACCAGCAGUUUGUCACCAAGCUGGAGCGGCUGACGAGGCUGCGGCCGCUGCCCGAACGAAACCUCGUGGAGACGUACGUCAAGGCGUACUACGUGCCCGAGUCGGGACUCGACGACUGGAUCCGACAGCACAAGGAGUACACCAAACGCCAGGUCACCGGUCUGAUCGGCUGCAUGAGCCACGUGGGUAAGCGGGCGCGCACACGGCUUCUGGGACUGCUGGAAGAGGACGGGCGACGGUAGCAGCCAGAGAAGCAGCUCCUAAGGCCUGAACCCAGACCGCUGAGGAAUCGUGAUGGUGGUGAAAUGCUUUAUCAUGCGGAUGCUGCAUCCUUGCAUGACGUGUCGGGUCGCUAGAUAAAUAUAUACGAAGUUAUAGACCUGCCAGAAUAUCACUUCAUAGAAUAUUAUUACAUUCCAUCAUAUGAAGUAUUUAUCCGAGCUGUUGGUAUGGGCUGUUGUUUGGGGUGGGUAUUUCGUUUGUGAUCGGUGGUGUGUCGUCAGACAAAUACAUGUACUAUCUAGAGAA